AUGGCUGAGAAGUCCAAGUUCAUUGAGUACAUCGAUGACGCUUUAGGAAAAUCAAAAGAAACGGCACUUCCCCACUUAUUUUUCACCUACGAGGGGAUUCCGUACCCGACUACCAUGUGCACUUCAGAGACUUUCCAAGCUUUAAAGGCCUUUGAAGCCAGAAGCGAUGACAUCGUGCUGGCGUCCUACCCGAAGUGUGGGUCAAACUGGAUUCUCCACAUUGUCAGUGAAUUGAUAUUUGCCGUUUCUAAAAAAAAAUACACAUGUCCAGAAUUUCCAGUCCUUGAGUGUGGUGAUGCAGAAAAAUAUCAGAGAAUGAAACUGUUCCCAUCACCAAGGAUUUUGACAACUCACCUCCACUAUGACAAGCUGCCUCUGUCUGUCUUCAAGAACAAAGCCAAGAUAUUGCUGAUAUUUCGAAACCCUAAAGAUACAGCAGUGUCUUUUUUUCAUUUUCAUAAUGAUGUCCCUGAUAUUCCAAGCUACGCCUCUUGGGAUGAAUUCUUCAGACAAUUUAUAAAGGGACAAGUUUCUUGGGGGAGCUAUUUUGAUUUUGCAAUUAAUUGGAACAAAUAUGUUGAGGAUGAAAAUGUUAAGCUCAUAUUAUAUGAAGACCUAAAAGAGAAUCUGGUUGUUGGAAUAAAACAGAUCGCUGAGUUCCUUGGCUUCUCCUUAACUGAUGAACAAAUACAAGCCGUGUCAGUCCAGAGCACCUUCCAAGCAAUGCAGCACAACUCUCAGGAGACACAUGGUGCUAUUGGCCCCUUCCUGUUCCGCAAAGGUGAAGUUGGUGAUUGGAAAAAUUUGUUCAAUGAAACACAAAACCAGGAAAUGGAUGAGAAAUUCAAAGCGUGUUUAGCAGGCACUUCCCUCGGAGCUAAGCUGAAGUAUGACUUAUAUUGCCUGGUUUGA